GAUGUUUUUAUUCUGCUAUUCCUCAGCUGGCUCUAGCUAUCGCAGAUCUGGCUCUCCAGAUGGCCUCCUGGAAGGGAUGUGUUCACACACUCAUAGAAAAGUACAACAAUGACAUCAGCUCGAUGCCCUUCCUCAUAGAGAUCCUCACCGUUCUGCCGGAAGAGGUCCACAGCCGCUCUCUGAGGAUCGGAGCCAACCGGAGGACGGAAAUCAUCGAAGACCUGGCGUACUACUCCAGCACCGUGGUCACGCUGCUGACUUCCUGUGUGGAGAAGGCGGGCACGGAGGAGAAGAUGCUGAUUAAAGUGUUUCGCUGUCUGGGGAGCUGGUUCAACCUGGGAGUCCUGGACAGCAAUUUCAUGGCCGGGAAUCAGCUGCUCAUGGUCCUCUUCCAAGUCCUGCAGAGGGAUGAAACCUCCACAAACCUCCACGAGGCGGCGUCUGACUGCGUCUGCUCGGCGCUGUACGCCAUCGAGAACGUGGACACCAACAUGGGUCUGGCCCUGCAGCUCUUCCAGGGCGUCCUGACGCUGGAGACGGCGUACCACAUGGCGGUGGCUCGGGAAGACCUGGACAAAGUCCUGAACUACUGCCGGAUCUUCACCGAGCUCUGCGAGACCUUCCUGGAGACCACAGUCCGGAGUCCGGGCCAGGGGAUGGGAGACCUGCGGACCCUGGAGCUGCUGCUGAUCUGUGCAGGACACCCGCAAUACGAGGUGGUGGAGAUCUCCUUUAACUUCUGGUACCGACUCGGAGAACAUCUGUAUAAAAUAAACGAUGCCGCUCUUCACACCAUCUUCAGACCAUACAUCCAGAGACUUCUGCACUGUUUGGCCCGACACUGUCAGCUGGACCCAGACCACGAGGGGAUCCCGGAGGAUACGGAUGAUUUUGGAGAGUUCAGGAUGAGAGUCUCUGACCUCGUCAAAGACGUCAUUUUUCUGGUUGGAUCCAUGGAGUGUUUCUCUCAGUUGUAUUCGACGUUGAAAGAAGGAAACCCGUCCUGGGAGGUGACAGAGGCCGUUCUGUUCAUCAUGGCUGCGAUUGCUAAGAGCGUUGAUCCAGAAAACAACCCCACACUCGCUGAGGUUUUGCAGCAGGUGGUCUUACUUCCUGAGACGGUACACAUAGCAGUCCGAUUCACGAGCAUUGAGCUGGUGGGAGAGAUGAGCGAAGUGGUCGACAGAAACCCCAGGUUCCUCGACCCCGUCCUGAACUACCUGAUGAAAGGACUCAGGGAACAGCCUCUGGCGUCGGCGGCGGCGAAGUCGAUCCACAACAUCUGCUCGGUGUGCAGAGACCACAUGGCCCAACACUUCCAGGGACUGCUGGACAUCGCCCGGGCCCUUGACACCUUCGCCCUAUCCACCGAGGCUGCCGUAGGACUGCUCAAAGGUGCGUGAGGGCUCACAAUGUUUUUUAUUUACC